GCCAGUCCCCCGCCCUGUCCUGCCCUGCGCCGCGCUGCGCAGCGCUGCACUGCCGAGGGCGCCCAGGCCGCGAAGCCGGCGCUCUCACUCCUCAGGAAGGAGCCGUGUUGGGGUGACGCUGACAGGGAGCGGCGGCAGGAAAGAAAGUAACAGCCAUGAUAGAAGACAAAGGACCAAGAGUUACAGACUACUUUGUUGUGGCAGGUCUUACUGACACAUCUACUCCUUUGGAUCAAGAAAUUAAUCGUUUGGAUAUUAAAUCAGCUGGGCCUAAGGCUCCAAUUACAGACAUUGCCAUUAUUAUCAAAUCAGCUGGGGAAGAGGUACCUGAAGGCUAUACAUGUGUUGAAGCCACUCCGUCAGCUCUCCAAGCAAACUUGAAUUAUGGAAGUCUCAAAAGCCCAGAACUUUUCCUGUGUUAUAAGAGAGGAAGAGAUAAACCACCCCUUAUAGAUAUUGGAGUUUUAUACGAAGGGAAAGAAAGGCUUAUUCCAGGAUGUGAAGUGAUCCAAGCUACACCCUACGGUCGUUGUGCCAAUGUCAACAAUAGUUCCACUACUUCACAGAGAAUCUUUGUCACUUACCGAAGGGCUCCUCCGGUUCGACCCCAGAAUUCCUUGGCUGUAACUGAUAUCUGUGUUAUUGUGACCAGCAAAGGAGAAACCCCUCCUCAUACUUUCUGCAAAGUUGACAAAAACUUAAAUUGUGGAAUGUGGGGUUCAAGUGUGUUUUUGUGUUACAAGAAAUCUGUGCCUGCUUCAAAUGCAAUAGCAUAUAAAGCUGGUUUAAUUUUUAGAUAUCCAGAAGAUGAUUAUGAAUCCUUUCCACUCUCAGAAUCUGUACCACUCUUUUGCCUUCCUAUGGGAGCCACUAUUGAAUGUUGGGACCCUCAAACCAAAUAUCCACUUCCAGUGUUUUCAACUUUUGUCCUGACAGGUUCUUCAGCGGAAAAGGUUUACGGAGCUGCUAUCCAGUUUUACGAACCUUACUCUCGAGAACUUCUAACAGAGAAACAGCUUAUGCAGCUGGGCCUGUUGACACCUGUGGAAAGAAAAGUGGUCUCAAAGUCCAUCAAUUCAAACAAAUGCAUUUGUUUACUCUCACACUGGCCUUUUUUUGAGGCUUUUAGAAAAUUUCUUAUGUUUAUCUAUAAACUUUCUGUGUCUGGACCACAUCCUCUUCCCAUUGAAAAGUACAUUUCAUAUUUUAUGCAAAACAUCCCUUUUCCUUCACCACAAAGACCAAGGAUUCUUGUCCAGCUAUCAGCCCAUGAUGCACUAACAUUAUCACAGCCAGUUUCUACACCUUUACCACUAAGUGGAGCCAACUUUAGUACCUUACUGAUGAACCUGGGUCCUGAGAACUGUGCGACACUGCUGCUUUUAGUUUUACUUGAGAAUAAAAUUCUGCUGCAUUCUCUUAGGCCAGCUGUGUUGACUGGGGUAGCUGAAGCUGUUGUGGCUAUGAUCUUUCCUUUUCAGUGGCAAUGCCCAUACAUUCCGCUGUGUCCGCUGUCCCUGGCUGCAGUGCUUAGUGCGCCUGUACCAUUCAUAGUUGGAGUUGACUCAAGGUAUUUCGAUCUUCAUGAACCACCUCAAGAUGUUGUGUGCAUUGACUUGGACACGAACAUGUUAUAUGUAUCAGAUGAAAAGAAAAAUAUGAACUGGAAGCAGCUUCCCAAAAAGCCAUGCAAAAAUCUCUUUAGCACCUUAAGGAAAUUGUAUCCCCAGCUGUCUUCAGUUCACCGAAAAACUCAGGAAGGUUCUGCAGUAGAAAUGACUCCAAUUGAAGCAGAUUUUUCCUGGCAAAAAAAGAUGAUGCAACUUGAAAUGGAAAUUCAAGAAUCAUUUUUGCGAUUUAUGGCAUCUAUUUUAAAAGGAUAUAGAACAUAUCUCAGACCAAUCACAGAAGCCCCUUCAAAGAAAGCCACAGCUGUGGAUUCUUUGUUUGAUCGACAAGGAUUUUUAAAAAGUAGAGAUCGUGCCUAUACGAAAUUCUAUACACAUUUAUCCAAAACACAGAUUUUUAUUCGUUUUAUUGAAGAAUGCAGUUUUGUGAGUGAUAAAGAUACUGGAUUGGCAUUUUUUGAUGACUGCAUUGAGAAGUUAUUUCCUGAUAAAGGCACAGAGAAGACAGAUAAGGUUGAUUUUGAAUCAUCAGAAGAUACUAAAUUGAUAGAACUCGAUGACUCACAGAAGAGUGAGCACACUGUGUAUAUAAUGCUACCUGAGCAGCCUACUGAUGAUGGAAAGGACCUGUCCCUAAAGUACAGUUACAAAUACUUUCCACGACUGGAUCUUAAACUUUUUGACAGACCACAGGAGUUGAAACUUUGUUUGAGUAGACACCCUACUGGGAACAGCAUUACAAACAGUCCAGCUCUCAUGGCUAAAAGAACUAAACAGGAGAUAAAAACAGCUCAUAAAUUGGCAAAGAGAUGUUACACAAAUCCACCACAAUGGGCAAAGUAUCUGUUCAGUCAUUGUUACAGUUUAUGGUUUAUUUGUCUCCCAGCCUACAUUAGAGUUUCUCAUCCUAAGGUCAGAGCACUUCAACAGGCAUAUGAUACGCUUAUUAAGAUGAGGAAAACAGAUGUGGAUCCACUAGAUGAGGUGUGCUAUCGAGUGGUAAUGCAGCUUUGUGGACUAUGGGCUCAUCCUGUUUUAGCAGUGAGAGUCUUAUUUGAAAUGAAAACUGCUAACAUAAAGCCAAAUGCUAUUACUUAUGGUUAUUAUAAUAAGGUAGUUUUGGAGAGCCCGUGGCCUACAAGCACUCGUAGUGGUAUUUUCUUAUGGACGAAGGUACGAAAUGUGGUACGUGGCUUGGCCCAAUUUAGGCAGCCACUUAAGACCAUACAAAAGUCACAGGUCUCCUCAAUAUCAGCUCCUCAGCAGCCCGCAAGUGGAAGUGAUGGGGACACGGCAAGCCGCGGGAGCGUGGAUAGUUCUAACGAUGCUAACAGUGGGGAGCACGCAGUCUUCGUCAGAGACUUAGUCAGGCUUGAUUCCAUUGGUAAUCACUCUAGCGCAGGUGGCCAGUCUGACCAAGGAUAUGGAUCUAAGGAUGAACUUAUAAAGGAUGGAAUUCAUGUGCCUGAAGAAGAAGCAGCACAAGAAUUGAUAACUAAAACAAAAGUGGGAAAAGAAGAGCUAUGUGAAAUCUUUGCUCUUACAGCCUCUUCGCAGCCCAGUCUAGAGCCUCAGAGCCCUUUGGAACCUCCUUCGUGGGGCAGCAGCAUUGUGAAAGUCCCAUCUGGCAUAUUUGAUGUCAACAACAGGAAAAGUAGUGCAGGAAGCACAUCAAAUGUGCUAUUUUCUACUCAAAAUCCAGUUGAAGAUACAAUCUUUGAUGAAGUUACAAAUCUAAAGAAGAAUAAUGACAAAAGCGAGAAAAGACAAAAGCAUUUUUCAGAGAGAAGUUGUAGUUUUAGUUCUGAAAGUCGAGCAGGAAUGUUACUUAAGAAGAGCAGUUUGGAUUUGAAUUCAACUGAAGCAGCUGUCAUGAUGGGAGCAGAUGCCAAGAUUCUCACAGCAGCCCUGACCUGUCCUAAAACUUCUCCACUUCAUAUGGCAAGAACCCAUAGCUUUGAAAAUGUUAGCUGUCCUCUAACUGAUUCCAGGACUUGUGGGUCUGAAAAUGCUUGGGAUUCUGAGCGCAGUGCACCUGCUGUGCUGGAGAUGCUGGAGGAAAGUCAGGAGCUCCCUGAGCCUGUGGUUGGUGAUCAUGUAGCUGAGACUGGUCUGACAAAAGCUACGUGUGAUAGUCUGCAGAACGGCAGCAACGGCAGCCAGUCCAGAGACUUGAAGCCAGCAACCGAAGGUCGCAUGAAUAAGAGAAACAGUUUAUAUGGUGUUGCUAAAGCUGUUGAGAGGGAAGAUGUUGAAACUGGCCUAGAUCCUUUGUCUCUUUUAGCCACAGAAUGUGUAAAAGAGCAAACUCCUGAUUCUGAAGAUAAGAUGUUCUCUCCAGUUAUUACCCGUAAUCUGGCUGAUGAAAUUGAAAGCUAUAUGAACCUAAAAAGUCCACUGGGCAAUAAAUCUUCCAGUAUGGAAUUGCAUGGAGAGGGAAACAGAGAAUCUGGCAAUACUACUGCAUUUAUUCACCCUUUAGAAAGGAGAUCCAGCCUACCUUUAGAUCCUGGUCCCCCAGCAGAAGAAAAUCCUGAGAGUGAAAACAGUUCCUCUGUGGUGUCUAGAUCCAAAACUUUCACUGCACGCUUCAGGCACCAAACUCCUUCUCGAACGUGCAAAGAUCGUUCAACUUCCUUAUCAGCAUUGAUGCGUUCUUCACAUGGCUCACUAGGUUCUGUAGUAAAUUCUUUGUCAGGUCUAAAGCUAGAUAAUAUCCUCUCGGGGCCCAAGAUAGAUGUCUUAAAAUCCAGUAUGAAACAGGCAGCGACAGUAGCCAGUAAAGUGUUGGUGGCUGUAGCAUCUGCCUACAACUAUUCAGAUGAUGAGGAAGAAACGAGUAGAGAUUACAGCUUUCCUGCUGGCCUAGAAGACCAUAUUUUGGGGGAGAAUGUAUCUUCUAACCCAAGUGUUUCGGGGUUGGUCUCCAGUGAACUGACCCAGAGCACCACAAGCCUUGGCAGUAGUAGCAGCAGUGGAGACGUUGGAAAACUACAGUAUUCACCAAAUGAAAUUCCAUUUCCAAGAGGGACAAAAGGGCAGGACUUCGAAAAAUCUGACCAUGGUUCUUCUCAAAAUACCAGCAUGUCUAGUAUCUGUCAGAAUUGCGCAAUGGAGGUUUUGAUGUCAAGUUGUUCACUGUGUAGCACUUGUGGAGCUCUAGUUUAUGAUGAAGAAAUUAUGGCUGGAUGGACAGCAAACGAUUCAAAUUUGAACACAACUUGUCCAUUUUGUAAAAGCAACUUCUUGCCUCUUCUCAAUAUAGAAUUUAAAGAUUUGAGAGGCUCUGCAAGCUUUUUCUUGAAACCAAGCACUUCUGGUGACAGUUUACAAAGUGCCAGCAUUCCAUUGGCAAAUGAACCCUUGGAGCACAAACCUGUAUGUAGUUCUGCAGAAUCUGACUUGAUCAACUAUAUGGAAUUCCCAAAACAUAAUGAGACUAUAACUGAAGAGACAGGCUGUGCAGUGGAAUCAAGUGACACAAUAAAGAAAGCCAGUGGAGAUGUCCAAACUCUGAAAAUAUCAUCAGUGCCUAGCAGUGUAUCAAAGCGAAAUGUAUCUUUGACUCGAAGUCACAGUGUUGGAGGCCCUUUGCAAAAUAUUGACUUUUCCCAGCGACCAUUUCAUGGUACUUCAACGGUUAGUCUACCUAACAGUCUGCAGGAAGUUAUGGACCCUUUAGGAAAGAGGCCCAAUCCUUCUCCUGUCUCUGUACCUUAUUUGAGUCCUCUUGUGCUUCGCAAAGAACUUGAAUCAUUACUAGAAAAUGAAGGUGAUCAGGUGAUUCAUUCAUCCUCUUUCAUCAAUCAACAUCCAAUCAUUUUCUGGAACCUUGUUUGGUAUUUCAGACGUUUGGACCUUCCUAGUAACUUGCCAGGACUUAUCCUCACAUCUGAACAUUGUAAUGAUGGUGUACAGCUUCCUCUGUCAUCUCUGUCCCAGGACAGCAAACUUGUAUAUGUUCAGUUGUUAUGGGAUAAUAUCAACCUUCAUCAGGAACCAGGAGAACCUCUGUAUGCCUCGUGGAGGAAUUUUAAUUCUGAAAAGAAACUGUGUCUUCUGUCCGAGGAACAACAAGCAACAAGCACUUUGAUAGAAACUAUCAGGCAGAGUAUUCAGCACAAUGAUGUUCUUAAACCCAUCACUCUGCUUUCCCAACAAAUGAAGUCAGGCGUGAAGAGACAAAGGAGUUUGUACAGAGAAAUCCUCUUCUUAUCACUAGUGUCUCUUGGAAGAGAAAAUAUUGAUAUUGAGGCUUUUGACAGUGAAUAUGGACUUGCAUAUAAUAGUCUGUCUUCACAGAUUCCUGAAAAGUUACAGAAAAUUGAUGCCCCACCAAGCACCAGUGUGGAGUGGUGUAGGAAAUGUUUUGGAGCACCUCUUAUUUAAAUGAGAUUCAUUAGAGUUUUGACAAACAGUGCUGGGGGAGUUAAUCUGGAAAUAUUCAAGUUUUUUCACAAUCCUAAGAAUUGGUGAAAACAAAACACUUGGGGACAAUAUACAGUGAAUUAAUUCAUACUGAACCAUCUCAAAAUAUAAAAUGCCAUUAAAAUACUCUGAGGUUUAUUGAUGUUGAAGAUUCUCAACUCCUGAACUGUUUCUCUGCCUCUUCUGAAACUGUUUUUGGAUUUCUCUGUAUUUGUAGCAGGUUGAUAUUAAUAAUGAGAAACCAUAUCGAUGCUCGGCAUUUGUUUAUAUUUGAAGCUGUUGGCCUUGGGGAUGGCAGAGGAAACUUGCCUGCCCCCAAAACAAAUGGAAUAUCUUAAUUAUAAGAGCAACUAUAUGUGUGAGAUUGUAUAAAUGUGAGGGCUUUGUAGGUAUGUGUUCUCAGUGUAUAUUUAUUAAAAGUCUUAGGCUGCGUGUUGCAAUAGUUUUGUGGUAGGGCUCUUAUGACCUAUCAGUGACUACUGCUAAAAUCAUCUGUAGUCAUUAAUCUCACAGUUAUCUGAAUGUCAUGACAACUGCCUUCCCCUGACUUUAAAUUUAAUAUAUAUCUUCACCGUUUAUAUUAUAUGUCAUCUUGCAUUAUGAGUUAUAUCUUGAAUAUCCAAGGACUUCCUUCCAUCCUUUUCCAAUACGGUGUUAAUUUGCGAUGAGUUUAAAAUUAGAAUGAGUGAAAAUAGUUAAAAUUAAAUGAAGUUCAUAAUUUACACUUAUUUGUAAGUUAUGUUUAAAAUGCUAAUGUUUAUAUUGUCUUCAGUCCUGAAGUCUUUGUUCAGGUGUGUAAAUUGUGGCAGUUGGUCACUUUUAAAAUCCUGUGGGAUAGCUGGGCGUGGUGGUGCAUGCCUGUAAUCCCAGCACUUGGGAGAUUAAGGCAAGAGGAUUGCUGAGUGUGAGGCCAGUUUGAACUACAUAGUAAGUUCAAGGCCAGCCUGAACUGCAUAGUCAGACCCUGUCUGAAAAAACAAAACAAAAAACCUGUGGGAUAAACUUGCACUGCACACAGAAGUUGUAUUCAUGUAUAAUAUUUAAUUUGUGUGUUAAUAAGUAAAAAUGUGUAUUUGUAAAUACUGUUUUUUAGAUUGAAUCAAGUCUUAAAAUUUUAAAGCUUACUUAGCUCAUUGCUAGUAGGUUUAAGAAAAUCAUGGGCUCGCCUGCCUCACUUUGACAGUUACCAUGCUUUUUGUUAAAACUAUCCACUAGAACAGUAAGUUUCCUUAAUUCUCUGUGUGGUUUUAAAUACCGAUUGUUGAAUAUGUACAUUUAUAGUAAUUUGAAGAUGCUGGUCUUAUGGCAGGUUAUCCUCCUGUUGUAAUGUCAGUCCUUUUUCUUUUAGUAACUUAAGAAAUGCUCCAGUUUCCUUUCGCUUUUCAGGUCCUUCAGUUUACAGUAUCAAGAUUUCUCAUUUUAUGAAUCAUCGGUAUUUUAACAAUGGAGAUCUACAGUAGUGUACUCACAGAAAAUCACAAAAGAAUGUUGAUAUACAAGUUAUUUCCAUGUGGUAUAUGUUACAACCUUUUAAAAAUUAUACUGUGUCAGUCUUUCAGCAUUUAAAGGAUUAAUCUGACCUGUCAAAUCCAGUCUGAACUUACUGUCAGAGUGCUAAGUGAAAAGACUUGUUAGAAAUUACAUACAAUCUUAUCUUCAAAGUAGACCUUUUGCACUAUAUAAAGAAUACCUGUGUUUGCAAUUUACAACUUAACACUGACGCCACAAAUUUUGGAAACCUUGCAUACAAAAAAAUUGAGACUGAAUAAAAUGAAAAAUAAUCUUAAA